AUGAUCGCAUGUCAGAUUCCGGGGACCAGAAGUGCCAACGCCUUCUCUUUCAAGCAAAUGCAAACAAUCCCCAUGUUGCCUCCAAUUUUUUUCCACUGCUUCCGCCAUCCGUUGCCCUAUGCAUCCACGCUAGCCCUUCAGGAGCAACUGCACAAUAUCCAGCUAUCUCAUCGUCGCCUUUCCGCGCACAAGGACAUUCUUCUCCUUCUUCAGCACCGUCCCGUAUACACGUCUGGCCGUCGGCAGACUGAUCCAUCUCUUCAAGAUGAGAAAACCCGCCUCACUGCCAUCGGCGCCGAUUUUGUUCCUGCGACUCGUGGAGGGCAGCUGACAUACCAUGGGCCUGGCCAAAUCGUUGGCUAUCCGUUGAUGGACCUUGGGCGAUACACACCCAUCAUGGGUGCCCGAGAAUAUGUCUGCCGCAUGCAAAAGAUGCUUGAACGUCACCUAGACGAAGCACACGGGAUAAAACACUGCCCAUCAGAGCAUACUGGCGUGUUUCUCGAUGCGAAGACAAAACUGGCAAGCAUCGGUGUGCAAGUCCGGCACAGGUUGACGUCGCACGGCUUUGCGCUUAACGUCACUCGAGAACCACUUGCGUGGUUUGACAAGGUUAUCGCGUGUGGGCUAGAUGAUGUGAAAGCGGGGAGUAUCGAGACGGCGAAGGGGGCGGCAGUGGGGAUUGAAAAGGAGAUGGCUGGACUCGCUGAGUGGUUUGGACGGACGUAUGAGAGGGAGAUGAUGGAACUGGAUGUAAAAGAAGAGGAAGAGAUUGGCAAGGCUAUCUUGGCGCUGGAAAAGGAAGCCCAAGCGCUGGGCAAUUGGAAUAGCACACCCUCAUAG